CUCAUAAUAAUUUAAACAAUUUUUAUUUUUAAUAAUAGAGAUAUGCACAUAAGAAAAGAGUUUAUGAUUAUGAUAGUUACUUUAUAUCAGAUGCACUGUAAUGUAGGGAUGAGAAGUUAUGGAGAGAUACAUAGCAGGGAAAUAGGAGAUGGGAUGUGUAUAAGAGUAAAUGGACCACUAUCCCCCACACGAGAAUUUAUUUCUGAGAAGUUCAAUUUAAUGUUUGAAAUGCGGAUUUUAUCACCGGGUGUAGAUGUAGAUUACAGUCUAUGUGUUACAGAUAAUGAAAAUAGUGAAAAUAAUGUAAAAAUAGAGUCAACAAGAGACUAUAAUAAGGAUAUGGCAUAUAAAAAUCUCUUUACUAAAGAAAAGGAAGAAGAGGCAACAGAAAAUCCUACUAAAGAAAAGAAUAAAGAAAAAGAGAAAAAGGCGUCGUAUAUUGAAGACUACCAUCAAACAUUGAUAGAGUUAUUUCCUUCUCUAACUGGAAGUUUGUCAAUACAUACUUCUAGAAAAGAUUCAUUCAUUAGAUUUCUUCAGUUUGAGCAUGUGAGUAAGCAUAAAAUUGAUAUUUUAGCUUGUUUGUUUCUAUUAGCAGAAGGAGUGGAUAUACCACUGAAAGUAGAACAUAGUAAAACUGGCCCAAUGCUAGUCUUGAAAGAGAUUAUAGCAAAAUCUGAGAAGGAAAAUAAACCAGAAGACUUAAAUUUGAGUAAACUAGAAAUCAAGAAGGAAAGUAAAAAAAGAAAAUUAAAAGAAGGUAAAACUGGAAGCAAAAAAGACAGCAAAGAAGGCAAAGACAAAAAAAAUAUAUUCUCUCUAAAUAUGAAAUACAAACGCAAUAAAACGAAUGCAAAUAGCAAAAAGGCUGCAAGAUCAGUAUCACAAAAAAGAGCAGCCAAUGUUAUAAACUUCUUUAUAGACAACAAAACAAACCCAGAUAUACGAGAAGGGGGUGAAUAUGCUGAACCAAGAACAUAUGAAGAGUUUAAAACCGGUAAGUUUUUAAAUAAUGCAAGGUGGCUAAUACAGUAUUAUAUAUUCAAGUAUUUGGAUGGUGAAGAAAAAAUAAUUGAGUUUGCAAAGACAGUAUAUUCUAUGCUUAAAGAGUGUAUAGAACAGAAAAAGAGUGAAGGAUCAAAUAACGAAGUGAAAUAUCUUGAAAGCAUUGUUAAUAAGUGCUUUGUGAAAUCCAGUAAUGCCAAUACAAGUAAUGCAAAGCAUAGAAUAGAUAUAAUGGAUAUAGUAUAUAAAGAGUCUCCUCUAGAAGAUGUAUUUCCAUUCUCUGGUAGUAUAGAUGCGCCUGAAUAUAAAGCUAUUUCAUCAUAUAAUAGAAAAGAAGAUUCCUUUGAUAGUAGUAACAUAUACAGUAACUGUGUUGAGGCUGGAUUGCUUAGCUUGUUUUGCUGUUUAGCAUAUGAUCCAAAGACUAAAGAGUAUAAUAUAGAUCAUAUGGGAGAAGUAUCACCGGACUUGAAAAGGUUCUUUGAUACGUACAAUAAACAACUGGAGACUGAUACAUACGAGAUGCAUAUGGAGUGGAGUAAAGUAGUGGCGGAUCUAGAGAAUGAGAAUAUUAGGUAUCUAAAAGAAAAUAGGAAUGAGCUUGCGCCUGGUAUAAUAAAUAUGCUAUAUGUCAUUGCCGAAAUAACUGGAAGAUAUUCUGAAGAAGAAGAAUCAUUUAAAGAGCUCAAUACUCUGCUAAAAAAGCGCGAAAGCCAGAAUAUGCUAUUUAAAAAAGUGAAAUUAUAUAUGAAAGAAUUAAUUUUAUCACUCUCCAAGAAAUAUAUUAUAGAAGAAAACUCAGAAUUUCCUAGCAGAAAAGUAAAGAUAGAAAUUUUAAGUAUGUCAAAGCGUUUAAAUAAUAAUGAGCAAAUGGAUAUAUUGGGAGAAGUAGUUAUAACAUAUAGUUAUUUAAAUUUAGAAGGAGGAAUAAAAUUGAACCAUACUAUUGAGCAUUUAUGGACUGAAUCCUUCCCCAGUAGCGCCAGCAUCUUGACAGAUAUAAAAAUCAACGAAAUAAGUAAUAACAAGAACAUUAUUGAGAAUGAGCCCGAAAAAACUCUAACAGAUUUCCUGCUUAUACAUUGUGUAGAAAAAAUACUGAGUGAAGAAGAAGGCUCAAGCAAUUAUUCCGAAGAAAAUAUAGAUUUAUUAGGGAAAAAUAUUUAUUUCUAUCCAAUAGAAAAGCUUUUUUUAUAUAAUACGUUUAAAAAAGCUAAAGAUAGAAUAAAUAUGAUACAUUGUAUUAGGAAGUGUCUCAUAGGGUAUCCAUUAGAAGAAACCGAUCCAUGGGCACGCCUUCUGUCUAAUAUGAUAGGAAGUCUUCCGUUAAAUAAUUUAAAUACAGUGAAUCGUGUUUGUUUCAAUCCAUUAUAUAGAGGAGGGUUAUACAAAAGUUUCUGUACAAAAGUUAGUGUGCCCUCAACGACAGUUGAUAGAAAUAUUAAUUUAGACUCAUCGUGCGCGUACUAUGUGCAUUAUAUAAACAAUAACAGCCUGCUUAGCGGGAAUUUGGAGAUUUUAAAGGCGUAUUUGGUGGUAGAAAAGCAUACAAACUGUUUUUUCACAGUUAUAAUACGAACCUUUGAUUCCUCCACUAAGAUUAAACUUUUUUCUAUACUAACGCGGUAUGGUACGUCUAUAAGUCCAUUACUAGAAAUUGAAGCAUUUUUAAACGGCAUAGACAGAAAACUUCCAGAAUAUAAAGCAGUUAUAACAGCCAAUGAUAUGUGGUUAGUUUGGCUUAAACUAUCCUUUGAAUCUGAUAAAUUCAACAAGAUUACAUCAAUGCUCUUUGAUAGAAUUGUGGUUGACGAGAAUUUUAUCACCAAGGGAGGAAUUAAGUACGAAUAUACAGAUGAAAAUAUUAAUAUGUCGAUAUCUAAAUUUAAGCACGCAUACUUUUGCCAAAAAGUAGUAGUAAACGUGCAUGGUUUAAUUAAAAACAACCCAGAGUAUGCAAAAAAACUUAGUUAUUUGCUAGAAAAGUAUGUUGUAUUUUUAAAGAAUAGACAAAUUUUGGAUUAAAGUAAUUCAUAGAGCGUUGGAUACUUACUCUCUAAU